AAACAUGUUGUUUAUAAAGCAUUGAAACACUACUUAACUUUAAAUCUCCUUCUCAUCCAACUGUUAUGUGGCAUGUGGCCCAUGGACCGAAUCGGAGUUUGAGCACAGUGCUUAAAACCCAUGAUUUAUUUUUCAAUUGAUUUAUUCAAACAUUUGGCCAAAGCAUCAAUCUCUUCAGGGAAAUGCUUGAAACGUUUGACAGUGGAAAAUAAGCAUACGCCUGCGCACUCACGCCAAUUAUUAUAUAUAUUUUUAUUUUAAGUCUCUGUUGAUAAAUUGUGUUUAAAAGGCUGCUGAAAUGCCGAGCUGAGUGUGUGCACUGGCAAAAUCUAAUAGUCUCAGUUGAAUAGCAAAUUGGUUCAAAUUAUUGAAAGGAAAAAAGCCUUGGGAAGAGGAGGGGUAGGAGUAGGAGACGGGAGGAGGGGGGCAGCAACAAUUCUUUCCCCUUCCCAUAUGGUGAGAGCAGUGCGGAUAGCAUCACAUUCCGUGGAGCGUUGCCUGUCGUCCUAUGGUGAAGUGCCAUCGCUCUAAUCAAAAACAAACGGAGCCGCAGCUUUCGCUUGCGCUCAACUCAGCUCCAGUACGGAACGUCCAUCCUUGGCUGUGCGAGGUCUCCGUCUGGCCGAUAUUCGGUGGCGACGGGGCCUUGAACGAUUAAACUGUGGCUAAUUGAAGAAGCGGGAGAAGUAAAUACUAGCACACCACUCAAGACGAAGUUACUAUGGGGAAGUGCAGGGAGGCGGGAGUCUAACGUGGAUAGGGGGCACAAAUCAAAUCAAAAGAUUUACAAUUCGGAUUAUUUCUAUUUUGAACACUUCAUUUUCAGAGGGAUUUUCAUCAGAUUUUCUGACCAUUAUCACACGCAGGAAUGAACGGAAAGGAAGCGCGGUUUUGCACGGGAUGCUGGAGGCAAAUGAUGCUGUCAAUCAUUCUGGUUCUACACUUGAUUCCCCUCUUUGUACAUGGGAACACUCUGAGGGCCAAUGUCCCUGAGUUGGACACCACAGCCAACGUGACAUCCCUGCCCAGUAAGGUCGAGGAAGUGGCCAAAGUGAAUGAUGUUGUUAUCGAGGUGACCGGGGUCAGCGCCGUCGUCACGGUGACCCAGAGGGCCGGCCGCAUGCCCCGCUCCAAAGAGGAGCAGGGCAGCGGCAUGCUGGGAGAAGGGGUGUUGCCAGCCGAGGAGGAGGUGGUGGCCCCGCCCAGGAUCAGCCCUGACUCAGCAGAGACAGAGCUCCUUCUGCCUAGCAACCCCCGUGGCACAGAGGAGAAAGAGGAUGAAGAGGAGCACACCGACCCACCGUGGCUGAACGCCAGAGACAACGUCUUCGACCUGGACCGGCACUUCCGAGAAGGAGUAGCCAAUCUGGCCACCACCACUGCCCCUCCCCCUGCCGCCGCUAACCCCUCUCGCCCGGACGUCCUCACCGUGGACUUCUUCGACCCCGCCUCUCGCGGCCGUGGCCUGGACCUAGCCCCGCCCUCUCCCUCCUCUUUGGCCCACGAGCUACAGGGAGGCGACCCCACUUCCUGGGCCAUGCCAGACAACUACGACUACCUCACGCCGUACGAGGAGGGUGCGUCACCCACCCCUGAUGAGUACUCCUAUGGCACCACUACUGAUACCUUGGAUGGGGAUGACGACUUGAGGCUAACUGCCGAGCCUCCAUCCCGCUCCAGGCCCAGGGCUCCCCCAGGUUCCGGCUCCUUCACCCCAGACAAGAGGCUGCCCAGUGGGGGUGCUGCUGCUGCACCAGAGGGCCCUGCGGCAGCCCCUCCAGCGUUACCCGUGGAUGGCUCAGACGGAGCCGGUGGCUGCCGCCAGGGCUACGUGAAGCAGAAUGGAACCUGCCGCUCCCCCUGUGACACACUGCCCAACUACUGCUUCAACGGAGGCCAGUGCUACCUACUGGAUGGAAUGGGGGUCUUCUGCAGGUGUAACGUCCAGGACUACAUCUGGCACAAGGGUUCCCGCUGUGAGUCGGUGGUGACAGAGUUCCAGGUGCUGUGUCUGACCAUCGGGGCGUCGGCCCUCAUGGUGCUGCUGCUCUUCAUGAUCACCGUCUGCUUCGCCAAGAAGCUCCACGUGCUCAAGACCGAGAACAGCAAGCUGCGCAAACGCAGCAGUAAGUACCGGCCUCCAUCGGAGCAGCACAAUGAUAAUUUCUCCCUGUCCACCAUCGCUGAGGGCUCCCACCCAAAUGUAAGGAAACUGUGCGACACCCCUCCUAACGUCCCUCAUGCCCGUGCUUUGGCUUACUAUGAUAACAUUAUCUGUCAGGAUGAUCCUAAUGCCCAGAACAAGCUGGAGGACCCCGUGAAGGUCCCGGUGCCCAAGGAGGACGACUCCCUGAACAUCCACAACUCCCUGACCCCCAAACACGAGAACCACAAGGUACUGGGCGAGGAGAACUCCUCUGAGGUAAACUCACUGCAGAACAACAUGAUGUAGAAGCCUGGGUUGGGAUGAGAGCUCCAGUCCUGCUCUCUAUCCCAGCCACCACGCCUACAACUGCUACCACCAGCCAACCACCGUCUACAACACGGCAACACUGCCACCAAGCGGGCAACGCCGCUGAAAAAAAAAAAAACUCACCACCCCAGCUGAAACUCCUCCCCAACCUGCCACCGCCUAUAGCGACCCCUUACGCCCAAUCACGCUCCCCCGCCUCGCUGCCCUGCCCCUUCGUUGCUGUCACUCUCUUCCCCUUACCCCCUGCCCGCACGCACAUACACACACCAGAAAACACAAACAGACACACCAAAACACACAAACACACAUAUGUACAAACACACACUCACAUAUACACUCAUAAUUCCCUGCCUGCAUUGGUGUAUUUUGUAAAAAGAAAAAAAUCAUAUGGAGUUUAAAAAAAGAAGUUAAACAUUGUAAAAAAUAUAAAAGUUACUGAGAGGUUUUGAUGUUUGUCUGACUAAUUAAGUGAGUGUGUAUAAAUAUAUGGAAAAAAUGCUUGGAUUGAUAUAAAAGAAACAACACAAUGUGUCUUCGUUUUCAUUGAUGUGAUUUCUAAUCCUUUGAUGUACUUGUUUUAUUUUGUACUUUUUUGGGAAUACAGACUUCAAAACAGAGAACAAAAUCUAACAAUUGUUGAAAUAAACCUUUUUAACAUGA